AUGUCAUAAAGCGAUUCAGAACAUAGUAAUUAGGACGUCUCUGAAGAAAUUGAAGAUAUUUCUGCUGAAUAAGAAGUCUAGAUAUAAAAGAAUCAAUCUGAUAAAGGAGUUUGCUAUCUACCAAGAAUUCCACCAUUUAUGAAUCCAAAUAAUCUAAGAAAGCUUUUGACUGAUCAUGUUAAGAAAUAAAGAAGAAAGUCUGGUGGAAAUCAUAAGACAAAGUACGUUGAAGGGUGGGUAGAGUUUGCUAAGAAAUAAGAGGCUAAACUUUGUGCUCUUGCUCUCAAUGGUACUCAAAUAGGAGGUAAGAAGCGACACAACCUGUUUUACGAUGACAUGUGGACCAUUAAAUACCUGCCUAAAUUUAAGUGGUAAAAUCUGACAGAAAAACUAGCUUAUGACUAAAAGGUUAGAGAGUAGAGACUGAAAGCAUAGAGCAACUAAGCGAAAAAAGAAAUCAAUUUCUACAUGGAUAAGGUUGACUUGAAGAAGAAAUUAGACAAGAUGGAAGAGAAAAAGACUUAAAGGCUAGAAAAGAUUAAUUAAAAAGUGGAUGUUGAAAGUGAUGGAGAUGAUGAUUAAAAUGAUAAUGCAGGUGGGGAACUACCUCAUGAAAAGAAGAAAAAGAAGAAUAUGAUGAAGAUCAUGAAAUAUAAUCAAAGAAAAAGGAGAGAGUUCAAAUAGAGGGAACCAGUUUUAGAGUGA